UUUAAAGAGUUCCUCUCAUCUUACAACAGACUGUCAGAACAAUGUUUCGUAGACUGCGUUCACGAUUUAACAACGAGAAAAAUAUCUACAAGUGAAGGCACAUGUGCAUUGAACUGCAUGGACAAACACUUGAAGAUAACUCAACGGAUAUCGCAGAGGUUCCAAGAGUUCCAGUUACUACAAUUACCCGAUCAGUCGCUUCUUGCAAAGACUGGUGCUGUUGCAAAAUGA